CGCACACACGCAAGCCUCCUCCGAAUUUAUUAGACACGCCGCGAGAUCGGACGAGAUCGUACGUGACAUACGUCUACCCAUUGCCAGAGCUAGCUAUAAAACCAUCCAUGUCGUCGCUUCCUCUACUCAAACCAACCUACAGCCUCCACCAGAGCCACCACCAUAACUGCGCGAGCCGUCGCCGCAUCCUCCCUUCCUCCAUCUCCUCCUCCACCUUCAGCAGCAGCCUCCCGUCGUCGUCCCUCCCCGCCGGCAGAACGCGGAGGCAGACCGUGCGCUGUGCAUCGUCGCCGACGACCUCCCCUGUCGGACCGUCCCAGCCGGUGCCAAGCAGCAGCAGCGGCGGUUCUGCCAUGGCCGGAAAGGGCGGCGCUUCCGUGCGCGUGAAGGUGGUGGCCAGGGUCAAGGUCACCGUCGGCGGGUUCCUCGAUGGUCUGAGGCCGUCCAGGACGCUCGAUGACAUCAAGGACCUCAUCGGCAGGUCGCUCGAGCUCCAGCUCGUCAGCGCCGAGCUUGAUGCCAAGACGGGAAAGGAGAAACAGACGGUGAAGAGCUACGCCCAUAAGGUGGCCGACGACGAGAUCGACAUCGUCACCUACGAGGCCGAGUUCAGCGUGCCGGCCGGCUACGGCGCCAUCGGCGCCGUGCUGGUCGGCAACGAGCACGGCACGGAGAUGUUGCUCGAGGACCUGAAGGUUGUCACGGCCGGAGACUCGGCGGCGCCGCUCGUCAUCCGGUCCGACUCCUGGCUGCCGCCCAAGUCCGGCGACGCCAAGCGCGUCUUCUUCGCCAACAAGCCGUACCUGCCAAGCCAGACUCCUCCGGGGCUCCAGACCUACCGGAAGACCGACCUGGUGAAGAAGCGCGGCGACGGCACCGGCAAGAGGCAGGCCAGCGACCGGAUCUACGACUUCGACGUGUACAACGACCUCGGCAACCCCGACGCCGGCGCCGACAGCGCCCGGCCCGUCCUCGGCGGCAACAAGCAGUUCCCUUACCCGCGCCGCAACCGCACCGGCCGUCCCCCGUCCGCCAAGGACCCGGAGUCGGAGGCGAGGGCCGGCGACGUGUACGUGCCGAGGGACGAGGCGUUCUCCGAGGAGAAGAACACGCAGUUCGCGCUCAAGACGCUGCAGUCGGUGCUCCACGCCGCCGUGCCGGCCGUGCAGUCCACGCUCAUCGACAGCAACCAGGGCUUCCCCUCCUUCUUCGUCAUCGACAAGCUCUUCGAGGACGGCGUCCAGCUGCCGCGCGCCGAAGAGCUCGGAUUCCUCCGCAGCGCCGUCCCCCGGUUGCUCGAGCUCCUCCGCGACGGCCCCGGCGACCAGAUCCUCCUCUUCGACACCCCCGCCAAUGUCCAAAAGGACAAGUUUGCGUGGUUACGGGACGAGGAGUUCGCGAGGGAGGCGCUCGCCGGCAUCAACCCGUACGCCAUCGAGCUCGUCACGGAGUUUCCUCUGAAGAGCAAGCUGGACCCGGCGGUGUACGGGCCGGCGGAGUCGGCGAUCACCGCCGAGCUGCUGGAGGCGCAGAUGGGCCACGUGAUGACGGUGGCGGAGGCGGUCAAGAGCAAGAGGCUCUUCAUGCUAGACUUCCACGACCUGUUCAUCCCAUACGUGCACAAGAUCCGUGCCCUCGAGCACACCACCAUGUACGGCUCCCGCACGCUCUUCUUCCUCUGCGACGACGGCACGCUCCGCCUGCUCGCCAUCGAGCUUACCCGCCCGGCGUCCCCGUCGCUGCCGCAGUGGAGGCAGGUGUUCACCCCGUCCACGGACACCAUCAAGUCCUGGCUCUGGCGGAUGGCCAAGGCCCACGUCCGCGCGCACGACGCCGGCCACCACGAGCUCGUCACUCACUGGCUGCGCACGCACUGCGCCGUCGAGCCCUACAUCAUCGCAGCCAACCGGCAGCUCAGCGAGAUGCACCCCAUCUACCGGCUGCUGCACCCGCACUUCCGCUACACCAUGCGGAUCAACGCGCUGGCGCGGUCGGCGCUCAUCAACGGCGGCGGCAUCAUCGAGCUCACCUUCUCGCCGCAGAAGUACGCCAUGGAGAUCAGCUCCGUCGCAUACGACAAGCUCUGGCGGUUCGACAUGGAGGCCCUUCCUGCCGACCUCGUCCGCAGGGGGAUGGCGGAGGAGGACCCCACGGCGGAGCACGGCCUCAAGCUCACCAUCAAGGACUACCCGUUCGCCAACGACGGGCUGCUCAUCUGGGACGCCAUCAAGGCGUGGGUGCAGGCGUACGUGUCACGGUACUACCCUGACGCAGCCACCGUCGCCGGCGACGCGGAGCUGCAGGCGUUCUGGAACGAGGUGCGCACCGUCGGCCACGGCGACAAGAAGGACGCGGCCUGGUGGCCGGAGAUGGACACGCCGGAGAGCCUCGCGCAGACGCUCACCACCAUCAUCUGGGUCGCGGCGGCGCACCACGCGGCCGUCAACUUCGGUCAGUACGACUUCGGAGGGUACUUCCCGAACCGCCCUUCCAUCGCGCGCACCAACAUGCCGGUGGAGGAGCCCGUGGAUGCCGUGGCGUUCGAGAAGUUCCUUGACAACCCGGACCAGGCGCUCCGGGAGUGCUUCCCGUCGCAGGUGCAGGCGACGCUGGUGAUGGCCGUGCUGGACGUGCUGUCCAGCCACUCCCCCGACGAGGAGUACCUGGGAGGGAUGGAGACCGCGCCAUGGGGAAACGACGCCGCUGUGCAGGCAGCGUAUCAGAAGUUCAACGAGCAGCUCAAGGAGGUGGAGGGGAUCAUCGACGGCCGGAACAAGAACAGGAAGCUCAAGAAUCGAUGCGGCGCUGGCAUCUUGCCGUACCAGCUCAUGAAGCCAUUCUCGCAGCCCGGUGUCACCGGCAUGGGCAUCCCCAACAGCACCUCCAUAUGAUCCAAGACGAACUUUAAUUAACAACAUAUAUGCGUGAAUCGAUCUGGUAGAUUUGUGCGUUCAUUAAUUAAAGCUUAGUAUCCAUUAUUUCAUUUACGGUUGUAUAUCCAACUAAUAUAUGUACAAUUUAGAUAUUCAAAAAGUUGACAUGUGUA